AUGAACAUUCAAGGCCACAAGCUGUGGUGGCCUUUGUUGAUUCUCCAAUGCAUUUUAAUUCUGUUGAUUGCGCAGAUGGCGGAUUGUAAUUCAAGCAAUGAGACAAUUGAAAAACGAGUAAUUUCAAAACCCCCAGACAUAAUAAAAGAUAUUUGGAAGAUAAAUACCUUAGUGAAAAAUAUUUUCACAAAGGAGACGAUAAAUGUAAAUAAAGAGUUGGAAAAGCUGAAAGUAUUAAAUCCGAAAAUAUUAAAUUUAUUUAAGUACACAAAAGGAUUUGAAAGAUUAAAUAUAUAUGUUAAAAGACACAUUGAGAAGAAGAACAAUGCAGCGAUAACACAAACCGAUUUGAUAACAAAUUAUGAGGAAUUGAACUACAGCUUGAAUAUAUUGGAGGAUAACGAUUUCGAACAAAGAAUGGAAACAAAACUUGCUUGUGAUAAUUUAUUUUCUCAAGAAUUAGAAAAAUAUUCCUUAAAAGAAAUUUGUAGCCAGUUACAAAAGAUGGUUAAAAUUUAUGGUGUUGGAUUAGAAAAUGUGUAUGAAAAACAGACACAAAAAUUGGACAUUAAUUAUGAAAUUAAGACAAUUUUAGAAGAAUUGGAUGGAAUUUUUCAUAUUUUUGAAAUUAAAAAGAACGGUAAGACAUUUAUGAAAUCAUUGGGAGUGGUUGGGAGGGAGAGUAGAGAGGUGUUUCUUGUGUUUAACAAACCAACCAAAAAAUUAGUUUGCCAUUUUUUCUAA